AUGGACACACAAGCUGUGUUACUAGCACCUAAAUCUAAUGUUUCAUCUCUGUAUUAUAAAACCAAGCUAUGCACACACAAUUUCUGUUUAUUCAAUUUGAGAAACAAAGAUGGAUUUAGCUAUCUUUGGAAUGAAACUGAAGGUGGGCUAUCGUCUGACAACUUUGCAACGAUAAUAGUCAAGUUUAUUAAAGACAAACUUCUGCCGAGCAUUCACAGAGAACCUGAAAAGGAUAUUAAAAUUAUAUUAUACAGCGACGGAUGUACAGCACAAAAUAGGAACGUGGUAUUGGCAAAUGCUUUACUGAAUGUGGCAACGUUAAACAAUAUUGUAAUUGAGCAAAAGUAUUUGGAGGUUGGCCACACCCAAAUGGAGGCUGACUCUAUGCAUGCCACCAUAGAGAGGAAGCUGAAAAAUAAAAUUAUUCAUGUGCCAGCUGAAUAUGUAGGAGUUUGUCUAGGAGCACGCAUACAUCCUAAGCCCUACAACGUAUCUUACUUAUCGCAUGAUUUUUUUAAAUCCUUUGGAAGCCUACAAUAUUAUAAAUCUAUUAGACCAGGAAAAGCGACAGGAGACGCUAAGGUCACAGACAUUCGUGCGCUGCAAUAUAAAAAAGGGAAUAUAUACUUUAAGCUGAGAUUCACAGAUGAGUGGCAGUUACUACCACAACGAUGUGAUAGAAAUAUCACACCAACAGCGAUUGAAAGCUUACCGGAUCUUCAUGAAAAUCGGCUUAAAAUUAAAAAUCGUAAAUUCAAAGACCUCCAGGAAUUAAAAUCUACAAUACCGGUGGACUAUAGGGACUUUUACGAUAACAUCCCACAUGAAUGA